UUGAAAAGUCCCCACUAGUGAUACAUGAAGCCUGGAGCCAUGCAUCUUUUAGUGAAUCAGCCUGGAAGCCAUUUAUACAGACCUCUAUCAGAACAAGUAUGAACAUGGAAGUAAAGGCAACAUGAAGGGACGCGUUUAGAAGGGCUGAAAAAAAAAGAAGAAGAAACAUUAACACACAGGAAGUAGGAAGUGUGAUCUGCGAUAUCUCCAGUUUGUGUGAUUGUGUUGUUUGAGUGUGUAUCAAUCUGUGUGUGUAUGUGCUCCGGCGUGGUGUAUGUGUGAAAUGCAACGUUGACCUCUGUGGUACGACUUAAGGACGAUGUCUCUCAAACUACCUCGCAACUGGGACUUCAGCACCUUCAAGGCUGAGACAGCUCGCAUAGCUUUCUUGUGGUGUUUGGCAGCGCGAUCCAGGAGUGUGAUACCUGGAGAGGGAGGCCCCAGCCCGGGCUCGCCGCGCUCCACCAGGUCCAUGGAGAGGCCGCUGAAGGCCGGCUGGCUCAAGAAACAGCAGAGGUCUUUAGUCAAGAACUGGCAGCAGCGUUACUUUGUGCUGAGAGGAAGCACUCUGACCUACCACAAGGAUGACAAGGAGACCACUGUCCAGGGAGUCAUCCAGCUGCGGUUCAGUAAAGUUAAUGAAGUCCCCACGAACUCAGAUGAUGCCGGGAAGUACCUCUUCGAGAUCAUACCACGUACAAACAGAGACAGAGAGCGAUGUCCGUAUGUACUCAUGGCAAACUCCCAGAGUGACAUGGAGGAGUGGGUCCGCACUCUGCGCAGGGUCAUCGGAAUGCCAACGAGUGGAGUGUUUGGAAAGAGUCUCAUGGACACGGUAACAUAUGAGCAACGGUUUGGGCCUCACAUGGUGCCGACCCUGGUGCAGAAGUGUGUGGAGUUCAUCAAAGAACACGGCCUGAAUGAGGAGGGCAUCUUCCGCCUCCCGGGUCAGGACAAUGCUGUCAAACAGUUCAGAGACGCCUUCGAUGCAGGAGAGAGGCCCUCCUUCCCCAGUGACACAGAUGUCCACACGGUGGCGUCACUGCUCAAGCUGUACCUGCGCGAGCUUCCUGAGCCUGUGGUGCCCUGGACUCAGUACCAAGACUUCCUGGAUUGCACCAACAUCAUGCUGGACUCCAGCAGCUCACAGGGUUGGGAAAAGUUGGAGAAACAAAUCGCUCUUCUCCCCAGAAUCAACUACAACCUCCUCAGUUAUGUCUGCCGGUUUUUGUUUGAGGUGCAGCUGCAGUCCAAGGUGAACAAGAUGAAUGUGGAGAACUUGGCUACAGUGAUGGGGAUCAACCUGCUCAAACCUCAGAUAGAAGACCCCAUCACUGUGAUGAAGGCGACUCCUCAGAUCCAGAAGCUGAUGACAGUGAUGAUCAGACAGCAUGAGACUCUGUUUCCUCUCUCCAAAGACGUGCUUCCCUCCCCUCCCUCAAAAAAGGCUGAAAGCCAGAAGAACACUCCCCGAAGCUUUGUGGGCUGGGAAUCUGCAGAGAUGGGUGAUGCAUCUCUGUCUGAGUCUCCAGAAGAGGAGGAGGACAAUGACAGUCCAGGUCCAGACAGAGGGAACCGCAGCCCCCACAACAUGCUCCACGAGUCUCGCUCGCCCUCCACAGACGACUGGUUGGGAAGUCCCCGCAAACGCACUCAGACCCUGCCCGCCUUCAACUGCCCCCUCACCGGGAUGGCAGCCAAGGCCGAUGCCCUCAGCCGGUGGAGUCACAUCCAGGAGAGCGUGGAGGAGAAAAGCGGGACGCUGUCUGAGGACAUUUUUAAAAUCCUGGACCUCCGGAGCCAGGGUUCAUUGUUCGGGGGGUCUCAGAUCAGUAACAAAGAGGCAGAGGAUAGGUUAACAGUCCGAAGAGGAAGUGACAACACAGGUUCUUCUACUGCUAGCCCCCAAAAACCUGACAGCGUCUCCCGGCCUGCUCCCGGAGUGCUGUCUCAUCAAAAGAGUGUGGGGAACCUGACGGUGAGCGGUUCAGUCCAGCAGGUCAACAGCAAGACUGAGCAGAAGAAAGACAGCCAGCAGCUUGUAGACAGUCUGCAGCAGGAGAACAAGGAGCUGAAGGCCUCAGUGGCGGAGCUCCAGUUUGCCCAGGAGACAGAUCGCCGCCGAGUGGCCGCUCUGGAGAUCUGCCUGAGAAAUGCAGAGCGCAGCCGAGACGAGGCCCUGAGACGCAACGUGGAGCUGCAAAAAGACUUUCAGCAGUUCCUCAUCAAAAAGCCCCAAGAUCCCACCUAACAGUCAUUUUCAGACUCACUAGUAAAUAGAUUUAUGACUCUGUUAACCUCAACAGAGCUAAUUUCACAUGAACUGGUUAUGGAAAAUACUAUUGUCCUCCAGAGGGAUGACACUGGAUCGGUUCCAUUUGAGCUCUGUUUGGACCUCAAGAUAUAGAGGUCAUUUGUUUGUGUCUGUGAGGAAAGUCUGAUUUAAAUAGGCUUUAAUAUAUCACUAUUCACAUGAAUGACUUUACACAACUAAAGUUUGUUCCUCCCUACUGCAGGUGUCAUGUCACUGUAUACGAACAACCUUGAUCUGGUGUGUCCAUGAAAUGCAAGGCCGAUCAGCUUAGACUGAACCCUCUGAUCUGAAGUCAACUAGACUGAAUUAAAGUUAAUGGUGGACAGUACAAAUACUAUGUGUCAUAUGCAGAGUGACUAGUCCAUUAUUUUUGAUGUUUCAUUUCAGUGGUAAAUAAAUAAAACAGCAAUAAUAAAAAUGCAAUAAAAGUGCUGAGAUCAUGGAAGAAAAAGGAACUGUCAGGGACAUAAAUAAAGAGAUGCAGACCUGAAA